AUGAAGACGGCCAUAGUGACUGGUGGAACCCGUGGAAUUGGACUUGGGAUUGCAAAAUGCAUGGCUCGAGAUGGAUACGAUCUCGUAUUAGGUUAUCACACAAACCAUGAAGCAGCGACGAUUGCUCAAGCAGCGAUUGAAAAUGAAUUUCGUGUCAAAGUGAUAUGCUGCGGUGGAGACAUUUCCAUUCCCGAAACGAUGGAACAGCUCUUCACCAUCGUACGUACCCAUUUUAACAAUGAGCUUACGGCAUUCGUGCAUAAUGCUGGACUUCGCGUUGGCAUUACAACUGAAUUAACCGAUGCUCAGCCGAAAGCAGAUGACGACUUUGAAGCAAGCUUUGACUACUAUCAAAAAGUCUAUCCACGUGCUUUCAAACGAGGCUUGCAGCUAGCAUUAAAAUGUACAGGUCUACGUCAUGUCAUUGCGAUUUCGAGUCCUGGUUGCAAUUCUAAUCAAUCGCCCCGCAUAUUCUAUGAAAAUCCAGGUCAAGCAAAAGCUAGUAUGGAAUUCCUAGUACGGUUAAACGCCUGCGUAUUAGCUAAGAAAGGAAUAAACGUCAACUGUGUUAUACCAGGUUAUGUCAGGACAGAAGCAUGGAAUAAGAUGUUUGAAAAAAACAAGUUCUCACCUGAAGACGCUGAAGAUAGAGUGAAAAGUUCACCUGCUGGGCGUUGGGCUGAUCCAUUGGAAAUCGGUGAAGUAGUAGCCUUUUUAUGUUCUCCACGUGCGGCGUUCAUUACCGGCGUAGCAUUGCCUAUUGAUGGCGGGUUGCAUCUUGUCGGGUGA